CUGCCUUUGUCGUGUGUGUGAGUUGCAUAAUUCUCUAAAUGGCGUCUGGAGUGCAGCAGUAUUAGUGUUUCAUAAAUGGUGUGAUUCGUGUUUUUCUGUGCUGAAGGUGGAUAUUGUUAGAUAUUAUAGUCACACGGGGACGGAAAUGUCUUGAGGGUUGAAAUCUCCUCCAGAUGAGGGAAGAUGUUGGCUAUGGAUCAAGGUGUAGUGGAGGAAUGGCUGUCUGAGUUUAAGACUCUUGAAGAGACGGCCAUCUACAACUAUGCCGUGUCUCUAAAGGAGAAGGGCUCUCUGGUUCCUGCACUCUAUAAAGUCAUACGGGAAAACUACAGCGACCUUCUGGAGCCGGUGUGUCAUCAGCUGUUUGAGUUUUACCGCAGCGGUGAGCCCCGUCUCCAGCGAUUCACUCUGCAGUUUCUGCCUGAGCUGGUGUGGAGUUAUCUGUCUGUGACGGCGGCUCGAGAUCCACACUGCAGUGGCUGUAUCGAGGCUCUGCUGCUCGGCAUCUACAACCUGGAAAUCGUCGAUAAAGACGGCCAGAGUAAAGUGUUGUCGUUCACCAUCCCUUCCUUAUCGAAGCCAUCAGUUUACCAUGAGCCGUCUUCCAUUGGCUCUCUGGCCUUGACGGAAGGAGCCUUAGCCAAUCACGGCUUGAGUCGAGUGGUUUACAGCGGCCCCCACCUGCAGCGCGAGACCUUCACAGCACAGAACAGGUUCGAGGUGCUGACGUUUCUGCUGUUGUGUUAUAAUGCGUCUCUGAGCUACAUGAGCGGUUCGUCUCUGCAGUCUCUCUGUCAGCUCAGCUCCAGAGUCUCUAUCUGCGGGUACCCACGGCAGCAAGUGCGGCGAUAUAAAGGCAUCAGCUCACGGCUCAUGGUCACGUCUGAGUUCCUGGUGCAGCUCAUCACGGGGAUUCACUUUGCACUGUGUAACGGUGAGGUGGAUCUGGGCUCGAAGGCUCUGGAUGAUGUUCUGUAUCGAGCGCAGCUGGAGCUUUUCCCCGAGGCUCUACUGGUGGGAAACGCCAUCAAAUCCUCUCUUCACGGCGCGUCUCUGAAGUCCAAUAAAGAGGGAACUCGCUCCAUCCAGGUGGAGAUCACACCCACCGCCUCUCGCAUCUCCAGAAACGCAGUCACCAGCCUGUCCAUCAGAGGACAUCGCUGGAAACGCCACGAUGCAGUGGAUUUGGGUUCCCCGGAUGAGCUGACGGAGAUCGCGGAGGUGGACGAGGGCAUCUGUACGCAGGCGUCCGGCGCUCAGAGCAGCCCUCCGACCAUCGUGAUCAGCAGCAGCGCUGGAGGAGCCGCAGCCGGAGCUGGGAAGCUGGCGGGGAAGGGUCUGCGCCGCCUGACUGGACGAUCCAGCAAGGAGAAGGAUAAAGAGAAGGACGCGGCCACCGGCAUGGACCAGCUAACCCGCAAACAAGCAGCCGUCCGCGCCAUGAGCGAAAACCUGGAGCUGCUGUCACUCAAACGCCUGACACUGACGGCCAGCCAAUCAGUGCCUAAGAGCGGCUCGCUUAGCCUGUCGCGCACCGCUAGCGCCGUCUUCUCUCGCUCCUUCGAGCAGGUCAGCAACGUCUUCUCCGGAAACCAGCCGUCCAGUCGUGCGUCGAGUCCAACGUCUAAUCACGCCGCUGAGCAAGAUGAGGGUGUGGCUUAUUUGGAACACAUAAGCCCCGCCCACCAGCAUCGGCAGCGUUCUCCUACCAUCAGUAUCCAUGUGACCUCUGACCUGUGAACUUAAAAACUGGCUGCCAUCAUGUGGCACACAACUGCAGCACCUUACAGGACGUCUGUGUUUCCCUAAGUCGUGUUUAAUGACCAAAGUCGUGUAUUUUUGGAGUACGUGUUUUUAAGGACGUCUCAUCCAUGAAGUUUACAGGUGGUGUUGUGUAUUUUUAAUGCUGUGUCUGUUUGGGAGCGGACGUUUACAUGCAGACCUAAACAGUGUUAUGAUUUGUGUGUGUGAGAUUUUUACGUGUGUUUUCCUCUCUGUUUCCCAGCAUGCACUGGGCUUGAACCGAAGCCAUGAUUAUUUCACACUGUUUCCAUGGGAAUUUGGACUGUAUUGAAAGCCUGAGCGGAAAAUCUGCUGGAAACUAAUACCUACGUCUUCGUUAAUGUCAUUUUUGAUGCGGGAUUUCUAAAGCAAUAUGCUUGUGUUUUAAAUCGCUGUCGAUUUUGAAGGCCAUAAGAGAUGUUUGACACUUGAAGCGGGUGUUGAGCUGCUCUUGUGUCACACUGAUGUCAUGCUUAUAAUGCAAAGCACUACGGCAGAGACCCAGAAAACAGUGUGAUCAUAAGUCUUGAUAUGAAAAUGAAAGAUGAAUCCAUGUGAUCUCUUUUUUUCUUGGACUAAUUAUGGCAUCUUUUAUUGGUGCGUCACUUGCUUUUGCACCAAUAUUUGUCUGGUUUUAUUGUAAUUAUUUUUUAGGAUGAUCAAAAAAUUCUCCCUGGCCGUAAUGGUUUGUGUUUUUACUUUGAAGUGGAUCAUCAAUAACAGUGGUUAUCUUUGUAUUCAGAUUAUUUUGGGAAUGUGAAUAUUUUGUUGUGAGUUGUAAAUAUUAUUGUACUAAAGUCUUUUUUUUUGCCUUUCAUCAAAUAAUAACAUGGUUACAGUCUCUGAAAAAUAAAGAUUUCUAUUUCA